CUGCCAAUCGUAUUAGAACCCCACCCCGUCAUGGCAUCUUACGACCAGUUUGCUCAGUUCUACCGUGAAACGGACGCUGAUAAUAGCGGAUAUGUAGAUAGUGAUGAGCUCAUAAUGAAGUUGAAGAAAUGUGGAUAUAAAGGCAAUGACAAACAAAUAAAGCGUAUGUUCUCAGAGACAGACACCUCAGGAGAUGGCCUCAUAUCAUUUGACGAGUACAUGCUUGCCAUGGGUUUCACUCUUACACUCGCACACAAGGGUGAGAGUUUGCGAAGAAUCUUCUACGAGAUAGAUGAACAAAAUACUGGGAAAAUAUAUUAUACCAAAAUAGAGGAGGUUUUAGAGGAACUUAAAAGACAUUUCUUCCGAGCUGACAUUAAACGAAUCAGAGAGAACGCCUUGUUGAUGAAGGAUUCUGAGGGAUACAUUGAUUAUGAAGAAUUCCUGAAAAAGCUUAUGUCAAUGAAGAUUAUCAUCAUCGAGGAUUUUAAACAGACAGGAGGACGGUAUUCUAUUGAGAAACGCAAAACGGAGUCCAACAUUACAACAGUUGUCACCGAAACGACCACUACGAGAAGGACCUUCAACGAGGAAGAGAUCGAAGAGACACAAACAAAAGCCCUCAAUGGAAAUGCCCAGGAUGCUGUUGAAGAAACGAUCACCGUCCAGAAGGCAAACGUCGUAGAGGCUAAAAUAUCUGAACCAUGCGUUACAAAAACUACUACAAUUAGCAUGACUAGCGAACAAAACAACAACAAAAAUGGUGGAAAGGUGCAAUACGCAAUGCACUACUGGCCCGAGGAUGAGAACAGGACUCUUGCAAUUCUUGGAGACAUCCCGGAACUAGGGGCCUGGGACGCUAGCAAAGCAGUCCUUGCAGAGGAAUAUAAGAACAGCGGUUGGUGGACCGUCAAUCUCAGCGAGAAAGUGCCAGCUGGUAAGAACUUUGAAUGGAAGUGGGUGGUCGUAGACAAGAACCGACCCCGGGUGCUACGGUGGGAGAUCGAGUCGGGUGGCAAGAACCGAGUGGGCAAAUUGGGCACCGAAGGCGCUGAGUUGUGGUUCCCGUGGAAGGACUGGUCAAACACUGUCUAAACUAGACAGUCAAUAUAGCAUCCUUCCUUCCAACAGGCUGUCUAAGGAGCACGUGCAAAUAUGCUCUUAAAGGAGGGAGAGGUGCAAUGAUAGGACUUAUUCCAUCAGUUUAUUUUUUAACUUCAUUUUUUUAUGAAAUGGUGAUAUCAUACUAGGCUAGUAUGGACACAGGGACCAGUAUGAACAUGUGAUUAUGGCAUUAGAGUGCGGUCUUCAGUAUAUCAGCUAUACUGGAAAUAUUGUGUUUAAGUUGCUCAUCAUUUCUAAUAGUAUUAAAUUCAAUGAAUUAUUCAGACCAUUAGCAAUUUAUAAUUCUUGUUAAAACUAGUAUCUAUAGCUCGUAUCAAAUGUACAUAAUUAAAGAUAUUUUUAGUGGCUCCAAGCAAGUAUUAUUUUAACCAGUACAUGUAACACAACAGCUUGUAUGUUAUCAUAUGUUUUAUGUUAUUGAAGAAAUGUAUUUGAAUAGCUUUCCCGGUAUAAUCAAAAUUGUGGUUCAUGUGAGUCUAAUUAAAGGUGAAGAGAGUUAUGUAAUUUAAUAUGUACGAAAAGAGGAUCGGAAUUUCUUGAUUUAAUUAAUGUAGUGGCAACUGCUGAAUUAUAGAUAUAUUUUACAUGAGAACAUACAUAGCAGGGGACGGAACGGUCAUUAUAACUUUUAACAUAAAUUGGCGAUGAUGUUGUCUCUUGUUCCUCUAAACGGUUGAAUUGAUAUUAAAAUAAAUACAUUUAAAGUUAACAAAGAAUUCUCUGUUGGUACUUAUCUUAAAAGUUCGUUACGGACAUUGAGCAAGAAUAAAAGAUCUGAUAAGAAAACCAGUAAAGUGAUAUUACUUAUUUUUCUUAGAAACG